AUGACUGACUGCAAGCCUUGCUCCACUCCGGUUGACACACAGCGCAAGCUCUCAGAGGCCGAGGGCACCCCAGUGACAGAUCCCACUGCAUAUCAGAGUCUUGCUGGUGCACUUCAGUACCCCACCUUCACCCGGCCAGACAUCACCUAUGCAGUUCAGCAAAUAUGUCUACAUAUACAUGAUCCCCAAGAGCCACACCUCACUGCUCUCAAGCGGAUCCUUCGCUAUCUCCGCGGCACCAUCGACUUCGGCCUCCUCUUUUACCGGCGGUCGUUCUCCACCGAGCUCGUCGUCUACACUGACGCCGACUGGGCCAGGUGUCCGGACACUCGUCGCUCCACCUUCGGCUACGCCGUCUUCCUAGGCGGCAACCUGGUGUCAUGGUCGUCCAAGCGCCAGCCGGUCGUCUCUUGCUCUAGGGCCGAGGCGGAGUACCGCGCUCACCAGAGGACUAAGCAUGUGGAGAUCGAUCUAUACUUCGUCCGUGAUCGGGUCGCCAUCGGCGAUGUUCGGGUCCUCCACGUCCCGACCACCUCCUAG